CGGUUCCUCCGGCUAUCAGCAGCAGCAGCGGGAGCAGGAAAACAGCAGCAGCGGCCGAAACGGAGCGAAGCCGGAGCUCCAGCGUUUCUCUGAGGCAGCGAGGAGGCGGGCGAGCCGCGCGAUGGCCUCCCACAGUAACAGCGGCCCUCUGGUCAUGCUGGCGCCCAAAACCAAGACCAAAAAGAAGCACUUUGUUCAGCAGAAGGUGAAAGUGUUCCGUGCUAACGACCCGGUGCUCAGCGUCUUUAUGUGGGGAGUGAAUCACUCGAUAAAUGAUCUGAACCAAGUCCCAGUUCCAGUUAUGCUUCUCCCUGACGACUUUAAAGCCAACAUCAAAAUCAAAGUCAACAACCAUCUCUUCAACAAAGAGAAUCUCCCCGGACAUUUCAAGUUUAAAGAAUACUGCCCUCAGGUCUUCAGGAAUCUUCGAGAGCGAUUUGGGAUUGAGGAUCUGGACUACCAGGCGUCUCUGACCCGCAGUCAGCCUGCGAAGGGCGAAGGACAGAGCGAGGGUCUCUUCACUUCAUACGACCGCACUCUAGUGGUCAAACUAAUCUCUAGCGAGGACGUAGCCGACAUGCACAACAUCCUGUCUGAAUAUCACCAGCACAUAGUGAAGUGUCACGGCAGCACACUCCUCCCACAGUUCCUGGGGAUGUACCGCGUCACGGUGGAGAACGAGCCCAACUACCUCAUCGUGAUGAGGAACAUGUUCAGCCACCGGUUAGUCGUCCACAGGAAGUACGACCUGAAGGGUUCUUUAGUAUCACGUGAGGCCAGCGAUAAAGAGAAGGUAAAAGAGUUGCCCACCUUUAAGGAUGUGGAUUUCAGGAACAACAUGCAGAAGGUCUAUGUAACAGAAGAACAGAAGGAAAAGAUAAUGGAGAAGCUCAACAGAGAUGUGGAGUUUCUCGUGAAGCUGAAGAUAAUGGACUACAGCCUGCUGUUAGGGAUCCAUGACGUGGGCCGGGCUGAGCGUGAGGAAGAGGAGGCUGAGGAGCCGAGCUGUGAGGAUGAAGGAGACGCUGAGAACGGUCUGAAUCCGCAGGCCGGCUCGUUCGGAACGUCUCCUGAGGGCAUCGCCGGAUACAUGAACUCGUUCAAGCCGCUGGGCCCCGGAGAGUUCGACCCGUACGUGGACGUGUACGCCGUGAAAAGUGCGCCAGGAGCGCCGCAGAGGGAGGUGUACUUCAUGGGUCUUAUAGACGUGUUGACGCAGUACGAUACCAAGAAGAAAGCUGCUCACGCUGCGAAAACAGUGAAACACGGGGCCGGUGCAGAAAUAUCCACCGUUCAUCCAGAACAAUACGCCAAACGUUUCCGAGACUUCAUCUCCAAUAUUUUUGCGUAGCCGAGUCUCUCCCCACGUUGCUCAGCUCCAGUAUCUCUGCGAUGGUUUUGUAUAUAUGUUUUACAAGAAGAAAAAAAAAGAAAAGAAAACACAACAUGAUUCCAUAAGCACACUAGAUAAAACAAGACUUUUUUUUUUAAAGAUGGGCUUAAAAAAACAUUCUGAUCAAUGUUAAGUAAAUGUGCAUAUUUAUUGGUGACUAGGCUAAGAUGAGACUGAAAUCAUCUUGUAAUAUCGUAUCUAAAUAUAUAUAUAAAUAUAUAAAUCUCUCGUUGAGGGUGAAUACACACAUGAAGAAGGGGACGCAGCGUAAUCUGUAAAGAAACUUAAAAGAAGAUGUAGCAGCUCCACACACACACACUACACUCUACACCUCCCUGUGAGCUUCUCUCUCUCUCUCUCUCUCUCUCUCUCUCUCUCUCUCUUUCUCUUUUUCUCUCGUUCAGAGUGGAGGAGAGGAAAUGCCUUAGCUUGCCAUCGUCAGUGUGAAACAGAACAAACGCGUGAAGUUCUGCCGUAGUCUUUAGUGCAGAGCUUUUAGCAGCGUCGCUCUCUAUAAGCUGCACCAGGACCAGUUAUUAUUAUUAUUAUUAUUAUUAUUAUUAUUAUUAUUAUUAAUUAUUAAUUAAUAUUAUUAAUUCAACUGGCUGCCAACAUUUAGGUGUCUUUUGGGGGGAGAAAAAGGAAAAAAAUAGAUAUAUAAAGCAAUAUUUUGAAUGUUAAUUAUUCAUACAAAUGCCUAGAGAGUUCAGAGUCCAGGAUGUUUUCUAGCCAUUUUAUGCAAUUUAGCUUUAAGAUUGAAAAGAGAACAUUUUGUAGCUUAGACACAAUAGAGGCUGUUCAGUUCGAUUAGGAUCUCAUGCCUUAUUGUUGCAUUUUAUUUAUAUUGCAAAUCAGUGUUUGGACCAAAUAUAUUUUUCAAAGAUUUUCACAAA